GACUCACCAUUCCUUAAACGUGACUUUUUCUCUAGUUUUCAGUGUUGACAUUUGGUUUGUUUGAAUUUUACUGAACCAGCUCUGGACUGUACAGAAAGGAUUUUAAAAGUUUGAAAUUAUUUUCCAUUUCAUACUCAUGACUUGGAACAUGGAUCCCACUGUGGAGUAUAGAGAUACCUAUGAUUAUGAUUAUGGUGACAACGAAACUAUGUGUGACUACUCUGAGUGGGAGCCGUCCUACUCCCUCAUCCCUGUCCUCUACAUGCUCAUCUUCAUCCUGGGCCUGUCUGGGAAUGGAGUGGUAAUCUUCACCGUCUGGAGGUCCAAGUCCAAGCGCCGAGCAGCAGAUGUCUACAUAGGCAACCUGGCCCUGGCUGACCUCACUUUUGUGAUCACUCUGCCCCUCUGGGCGGUGUACACAGCACUGGGCUACCACUGGCCCUUUGGUGUGGCCCUGUGUAAGAUCAGCAGCUACGUGGUGCUGGUCAACAUGUACGCCAGUGUCUUCUGCCUCACCUGCCUGAGCUUUGACCGUUACCUGGCUAUCGUCCACUCUCUGUCCAGCAGCCGGCUGCGGUCGCGGGGCACAAUGCUGGCCUCCCUAGGGGCCAUCUGGCUCCUCUCAGGCCUGCUGGCUGUGCCCACUUUGCUGUUCCGCACCACCGUGGACGACAUCAACAGCAAUCGCACCACCUGUGCCAUGGACUUCAGCCUGGUCACCCUAAACGAGAGGCAUGAGUCCCUGUGGAUCGCAGGACUCAGCCUGUCGUCCUCUGCCCUGGGCUUCCUCCUGCCUUUCCUGGCCAUGACCAUCUUCUACUGCUUUAUCGGCUGCACCGUCACGCGUCACUUUAACAACCUGCGCAAGGAGGACCAGAAGAAGCGUCGUCUGCUGAAGAUCAUCACCACCCUGGUGGUUGUAUUUGCCAUCUGCUGGACCCCAUUCCACUUGCUGAAGAGCAUGGACGCACUCUCGUACCUGAACCUGUCUCCCAGCUCCUGUGGGUUUGAGCGCUUCCUCCUGGUGGCCCAUCCUUAUGCUACCUGCCUGGCUUACGUUAACAGCUGCCUCAACCCCUUCCUGUACGCCUUCUUCGACCUGCGCUUCCGCUCCCAGUGCCUGUGCCUGCUCAACCUGAAGAAGGCCAUGCAUGGACAGAUGAGCUCCAUGUCCUCCACGCUCAGCGCCCAGACACAGAAGUCAGAGAUACAGUCUCUGGCCACCAAAGUGUAAAGAGAGGGCAGGGAUAGGUGGAGUGGGACUGCUGGCUGGUUCCCUGCUGCCACCACAGGAACAAUGACUGGUAAACACACAGUUUUUUGGUGUCCGUUAUUCAAAUGCUUUUAAGGCGUAACAGACAAUGAACCAUAUCAGAUGAAUGGACUUUGUUUUCCGGAACAUGGGUUUGCAUAUACAGUAUGUUUUAAUUCUUGCGUAUAUGUACAUUUCUCACCCAUUUUCAACCCAACGGGUGCAUCAGUGGGUAGGGGAGAAGCCCAGGGAGUCCUCAGCCCAGUGGUUCCCUCUAACCCCUGGACUGGACUCUGAAGCUGGCGAGAGUUGGCUGAGCUCCAUAUAGCUGCUUUUUUCCCCACAACGUAUCAGAAAGGUAAAUAUACUUUUCAGACGGACUCUAUUUUUCCUCUUCUCCCUUUCAACUGUUAUUCUUUACUGUAUGAGGGACCAGAACCCUGAACAAAAAGACAGACGGUCAUAGAGGGUUUAUUUCUGUUGUUGUUAUGUAUAUCACAUGCAAACCUGUUUACACUGGGUAAAUCACAAAUGUACAGUAUUUUCAUACUUUUGCUGUUUCAGAUGUGUUGAUAUUUUGUUUUAUUACAAGCACUUGUUAAAUGAAUGACAUGUAAAAUAGGGGGAAAUGUGUUUGCAAAGAGACCAUAUCUUCUUCAGGUUGUUGUUUGUGAAGGUAGGAGACUGGGCAGAGGAGGGGGGUUGUAAGAGGAGGAAAGGUGUUGCAGCUUAAUUACAGAGUUUGAGGAGGAGACAGGGGCAGACAGGCAGAUGGCAGCUGACAAAUGUUGUCAGGGAAGUGGGUGGGGGCUUUACAGUGCCCUCUGGUGCCGGGGAGGAAAGGGAACUUUAUGAAUUUUUUAUUGUAUUGCAUAUAUGUUUUUGACAUCUGUGUAACUAACUACUGUAUUAAAGAAAUAUGAUCUAUGAAA